UCGCAGAGCGGCGGUCGCACAGAUAGAGGCUGCACGGGCAGAGGCUGCACGGGCCGAGGCUGCAGGGCGGACGCGCGGCCGGGCGCAGCCAUGGUGAAGAUCAGCUUUCAGCCUGCCGUGGCCGGCAUCAAGGGCGACAAGGCCGAUAAGGCGUCGGCGUCGGCCGCGGCGCCGGCCCCAGCUGCUGAGAUCCUGCUGACGCCCGCUCGGGAGGAGCGGCUCCCCCAACAGCGCUACAAGAAGGGGGGCUCUGUGGGCGGUGUCUGCUACCUGUCGAUGGGCAUGGUCGUCCUGCUCAUGGGCCUCGUGUUCGCCUCCGUCUACAUCUACAGAUACUUCUUCCUCGCACAGCUGGCCCGAGACAACUUCUUCCACUGCGGGGUUCUCUACGAGGACUCCCUGUCCUCCCAGGCCCGCACACGGAUGGAGCUGGAGGAGGACGUGAAGAUCUACCUCGAAGAGAACUAUGAGCGCAUCAACGUGCCCGUGCCCCAGUUUGGUGGCGGGGACCCCGCAGACAUCAUUCAUGACUUCCAGCGGGGGCUCACCGCCUACCAUGACAUCUCCCUGGACAAGUGCUAUGUUAUCGAGCUCAACACCACCAUUGUGCUGCCCCCCCGAAACUUCUGGGAGCUCCUCAUGAAUGUGAAGAGGGGGACCUACCUCCCGCAGACGUACAUCAUCCAGGAGGAGAUGGUGGUGACAGAGCACGUCAGCGACAAGGAGGCCCUGGGCUCCUUCAUCUACCACCUGUGCAACGGGAAGGACACCUACCGGCUGCGGCGCCGGGCUACCCGGAGGCGGAUCAACAAGCGAGGGGCCAAGAACUGCAAUGCCAUCCGCCACUUCGAGAACACCUUCGUGGUGGAGACCCUCAUCUGCGGGGUGGUGUGAGGGCCUCCCCUUCCUGGCCCCACCCCUGCCCUCGUCCUUGUUUCUCUUCUGGCCACUCUGGCCCU